AUGAAGACGAUGGGCGGCCUUGGGCCGACCAUCAUCGGCGUCAUGCUCGGGCAGUCUGUACUGGCCAUGCUCUUUGUCUUUCCAAGGCUGUAUACGAAGGCACGCAUCAACCGAUCCUUGGGCUGGGACGACCACAUGGCAGCUUUCUCGUGGGUCAUGCUAUUGUGCUAUUCUGCAAUAUGCUCGUAUGCUGCAACAGAAGGAUAUGGGCGGCAUGCCGAAGUGUUGGGCGGCGAACAAGCUGCUGUGGCGGCGAAAAUCACCAUCAUCGGCCAGACUUUCUUAACGUCUGUGAUAUGCGACUUCGUGUUGGCACUUCUGCCAUGGGCAAUCCUUUGGAACCUCAACAUGAAGAAAAAGGAGAAGAGGCUGAUUGGUAUCUCCAUGAGUCUCGGAGUAUUUGCCGGAGCAUCUGGUAUCGUCCGUGCCAUCGAGUUGAAACGGCUUUCAGGAAGAUCUGACUAUACUUAUGAAAGCGUUAGCCCCAUUCUGUGGUCGUCCACAGAGCUCUGCAUCACCCUGUGUACAGCCUGCAUGCCGAUGCUCCGGCCUCUUUACAACAAAAUUCGGGGCAAGAGCAGCACCGAUGGCUACGAACAGUAUGACAAAGCUGGGAGCGGAGCUACUCCGGCCCAAGGGAUAUCCCUUGACAACGUGGGCAACAACAGUAAUAAGCGCAGAAAAGGCUCGACGAAGAUGGGUCUCAACGAGACGACUCUUGGCGGCACCGUCAUGGAUACGUGGAUAGAUCAUACGAAACGCCAAGGCAGUGACGAGGACAUUUUGAUAAACCAAAGAAGUGGCGGUAUAACCGUCAUAACCGAGAUCGAUUCCCAGUCGAGAAGAUCAACCUCGGUCGCGGAAAGUGCAGCUGAGCAUGCAAGGAGGUAG